UCCAGGCGGGAAGGCGGGAAAAUUAGAAAAGUUUACGGGAUCGCCAAGAUACAAUUUUAUUUAUGAUUUUUUGCCAUUCUGUCAUGUUUAAGGAGUAUGUUACUUCGCUAAGGAAAUACAUCCAAGAGCGUACAAAUGGAAAAUGUGUUCCCCCGUGGAAUUGGCUCUUCAUCAAGCUCGCUUCGCUUCUAUCCCGCUAUCCCUCUGGUAUUACAAAGGCCAUCAUUUUGGCGGAGAUUCAACAGUCUUGGAAUCAACACAGUCAGUUUCACGGGCGUUUAGAUGGACAGAAAGCACGAAAGAUUUCUGUUGAUUCGGUGUUUGAAAGCCGGCACAUUGGCUACGAAUCAAUCCUCGAAGCAGCUGUUGAAAAUAUCGAGACGGUACCAGGAACUCAUACAAAGAUUGCUGUUUUGAGAGAUAUUCAUAAGCGAAAGAAUACUUUGGGAAUGUACCUUCAUCAGAAGCUUUAUCAGUUGCAAGCAACGCCUGUGAAAAACCUCACUCUCCGAUUCACAAGUUGUCGUUUAAUUCAAGGCAAAAGCAGAUCCUCCGCAGGUCCUAAAGUUCAUCUUCUUCCUUCGGAAAAUGUUGUUAUUCUGUGUCGAGAAGGUGAACUAGCGCGAUUUGGGAAAUUUUCAUCACUCGAGGGAAUCUAUGAAAAUCCGUUCCCGCACUACGGCCACAACAUCAAAGUCGAAGUCGCCGAUUUGGGAUUCGAAGAAGCAGUCCAUUUUGCUAAUGGCCAGACGAGCAUUAAACGUUUUGUCAAAGUCGUUGACUGUUAUGGCGUCCAUGUGAAUUUGUGCUUGUGGGAUGAGCAGCUUUCCGUUGCUAUUUUGUUUAAAGAAGGUGAUACUUUAGCCAUCCAACAACCCUUUGUGGUCCCAAACCAGGAAGAAAUGUUUAUACUAGAAUAUGGUCCUGCAACAGUUAUUUUUUGCAUGUCACAUGAUCCAGAGCAGGAAAUUGUCCCAAGUCAAAUCUCCAGUACCCAGGGGACCCCUGUAAGUGUUACAAAAGACAGCCAAGGGAUGCUGGAUUAUUCCACAUUUCCUGAGCAAAUCUGUUUGAGUGAUAUCAGGUCGAGCAUGACAAAAGUGACCAUAUUCUGCACCAUAACAAAUGUGGGUACCAUGGAGGUCUACACACAACAGCAGGUCGUGGGACAUAAGUUCAUUCUUGCUGUCAGUGAUAACACCGGAUGUCAGACGAUUACAGUUUAUGAUCACACUAGAAGUUACCACAAUUCACUCUAUGUGCACCAAAGCAUUAUACUGGAGAAUGUUCACACCUCAGGUUCUAGUUCAUCAAGAGGCUUAACCCUAGAAACAUACAAUGGAGGAAAGGUCUGGAACAUUAGUGCAAUGACAGGAUGGCUUGCUACCAAAUGUCUGUCAUCUCCAGUCCCUGUCAAAGAAGUCAUCAACUUUGAACACUGCGUGUGUCAAGCUGUCGUCACACAAGUCAACAGUGUGGGUAGCAGUCAUGUGAUUAGGGUUCACAUGUCCUGCCGUAGUGAGGUCGAUGGCUGCACAGGGCAGUUCUGCUGUCAGAAAUGUGGCAUUACUCAUUUAAAUGAAAUGCUUAACAAGCCUGGUCAACAGAAAUCACCUUCAAUUCACUGGAAGUGGGAAUACAAUCUGAGUCUUGAAUUACAUGACCCUGAAAGUAGCAUAGAGGCAUGUUUGACAGAUAAGACGGCAGAACAGUUGCUUCAGAUGACCGCUUCACAGUUUGCAGAACAUGCCAAGAACACUCAAGAGCAAGUGCUGGAAUCAGCAUUAGCACAAGAAUGUCUGUUUGGUAUUUCAUCUUUUAGAGGCAGACAUCAGAUUGAUGCCAUUUGUCUGGCAAGUUGAAAAAAGUACCGGUAUUAAAAGCUU